UGAUGUCAAAAGUUAAUCUGAUGUGUAUAUGCACUUUGUAGGCUAUAUUCCAAAGAUUGAUUUCCCAUUUUAUAUAGACCACAUAUAGACCACAUUUGUAGUUUAUUCCAUCACACUUUUAGAAAACAUCACCUGCGCUGUGGAACUGGGAACAUUCGCCUCUGCUGCUCGGAGUGGUCCAGAAACGGGACGUGCAAGGCUACAGGGCGGCUAUUAGGUAGAGCCAAGGAAGAACGCCACACAGCCACACCUGAAAUAGCCCGCUGCUCUCACAGGAGACGCUUGUUGACUAGCAGCAAUAAGAAGAAGCAACUUCGAGAUUUUUUUUCUUCUUCAUGUGUUCAUUUCUUGUUGCUUAGCUAGUUACGUGGUUCCUCCCAGGUCGCUGCGAGGUGCAAUCAUUCGCAACUGGACGGUGUCAAAAUCACCUCGUCGCACAGCUUGGAAAAGUUAUACGUGAGCAGACCCCGGGUUGUAGUGACAGAAGAUGCUUCCUGCGCUGAUCUGUGCCCUGGUCUCUCUGAGCUUGGCCGACAACUUUGACACGGCAUACCCUGAACUGGAGCACUACAGAACCAUCUAUGUACAAGAGAAUGGACCUCAGCUCUCUGUGGUGACGGAGCAGUCCAAGGUGGUGUCGAGGCGGGGGGGUAAUGCCACCCUGCCCUGUAAAUUCCACAGGGAUGCGUCACUGCCGGCCAACCCCAAACUGAGGAUCAAAUGGACUAAGCUGACCUCAGACUACCUCAAAGAGGUGGAUGUCUUCGUUGCCAUGGGUUUCCACAAGCGGAGCUACGGACGUUUCCACGGGCGCGUCUACCUACAGGACUCGGCCCCCACAGAUGCGUCGUUGGUCAUCACAGAACUCACACUGGAGGAUUACGGGAGAUAUAAGUGUGAGGUCAUCGACGGGUUGGAAGAUGGAACAGGCGUGGUGUCCCUGGACCUGCAAGGUAUCGUCUACCCCUACUUCCCUCGGCUGGGUCGUUACAACCUGAACUUCUUUGAUGCCGAGCGGGCGUGUCGCGAGCAGGACUCCAUCGUGGCGUCGUUUGACCAGCUGUACGAGGCGUGGCGUGGGGGUUUAGACUGGUGCAACGCUGGGUGGCUGAGUGACGGAUCCGUCCAGUACCCCAUCACCACCCCCAGGGAGCCCUGUGGGGGCAAGAACACUGUCCCCGGGGUACGCAACUACGGCCUCAGAGACAAGGAGAAGAACAGAUACGACGUGUUCUGUUUCACCUCCAACUACAAAGGGCGGUUCUACUACCUGAUCCACCCCUCCAAGCUUACAUAUGAUGAGGCUGUGGUUGCGUGUCAGAAGGACGGAGCUCAGAUUGCCAAGGUGGGCCAGAUGUAUGCCGCCUGGAAGCUAUUGGGCUACGACCGCUGUGACGCCGGCUGGUUGGCUGACGGGAGCGUCCGUUACCCCAUCACCCGCCCCCGUAGGCGCUGCAGCCCAACGGAAGCUGCCGUGAGGUUCAACGGCUACCCCGACAAGAAACACAAGCUGUACGGAGUCUACUGCUUCAAGGGCCACAACUGAGAACCCCAAUACGCUCACACACACACUCACACACACUAGAAAAGCUAAUACAUUUACAGAGAGUAGGAUGGAGACGGGAAGAGGAGUUAAGAGAGAGGGAGGUCAUAUAGGGGAAGUUACUGAUAUAACAAAAAUGUUUAAGAAAACAUUCAAACUGUGAUAAUUUCUUUUUAGAUACAGUAAAACCAUGUUUUUUUUGUAAUCUGGGACCUGAUAGUGUAUGGGGGGGGUGGUAUGUUCUUUAAUCGGUCAUUUCUAUGUAGGAACAGAAAGAGAGGAUGGAUUUGGGGAAAGGGUUGGUGGGAGGGAAGGGAAGGGAAGGGGAGGGAGGGAGGGAAUGGUGGUGGAGAAACAGAUGAUGUCACAUUGUCCCAAAGUGACAUUGUAAGUGGACGAGGCAUACCAUAGCUUGAAGGAAGUCCUUGGACUGAGAACAACCUAGUAAAGCGUCUGACAACUGAACUGAUACCUUUGGGCACUUACCUUUUCUGUUCAAUUAAACCCAGGACAACACAAACACAAAAAGCAAAGAUAGCGUAGCUCAAGCUAAUAUUAUUAUGUUAUAGAAUGCAACUACAGCACAAUGAAAAUCCAGUCUGCUGUCCAUCUUUGCAGGGUGCUACAACAGUGUCAUGUACUUCACCAUCAUUUUGACUAGUUUAUUUAAUGAUGUGUGUGGACCAAACAUCAUUCUCAUCAUAGAAAUGGAUAUAAAAAAAGGAGAAGCCAUCCAUUAGCAUUGUUUAGUUUAUUUUUUACUAUGAAUAUGUAGAAUGUGAGUAUCUAGAAUUGUAUUUCUGUUUAUGGAUGUCUUUUGAUAUAGAAGUAUUGUUUUAUUUUCUGCGCUACGCUAUCCCAGAGUUCUGUGCUCAGUCACAGGGCUCAAGUGUUGAAACUAACCCCAGAAACAUACAAACGAGGAAACCAAAAUACAAAUGUUGCACUGGACACUGUUUAUGUCAGAAGACUUACCGUGGCCUGGAAGGGACAAGGUAAACCGCAUUUAGUCCUCAGCAGUAACACAAAAUGCCUGGCAAUAGUUGUCUUACUGAGUAGUAUUGUGACACGCAGACCUGCAGUAUAAUAUGUAUGUUAAACACUAGUUGCUGUGCCUCUAUGUACACCUUAGCCUCUAGUUUAGAAACACAAGGCAUGCCUCUGAGCUUUUAUACACAGCAGAAAGCCAAAAGCAACACUUGCAGUGUAAAUCCCCAUUUUUUUUCAAAAUAUUUUUUUGUGUGCUAUUUUUUACACAAAUAGUUUCUUAUAGUGAAUGAGUAGACCCAGUGAUAUCUGUGAAACUUGGUUGUUAGAGCACUGACAAGCUGUUAGUUAGCUAACGAUGCCAUGUUAGUCUGCAUGGCUAAGCUAAGCCUCAGGCCAACAGCUCAGGCAUAUCUAUUUAUCUGCAUGAACACAGAGCCUGCGAUACCCUCGCUCACCACUAGCAGUGCAGCCCACUCUAGACUAGCCCAGUGAAAUGGCCAGAUAAUCAUCCUAUUUAAAAACACCAUUGGUUCCCGCAGGUACAGUAAGAGACUCCCAUGUAAGAACAACACAAGGGCUGACGUACACACUAGCAACGCUAGCUGGCUCCAAGAGAAUGUUAGGUCAUUCCUGGAGUGUUAGGUUAGCUAUACUUGGCUCGACCUUACAUAGUUAGCUUAUUGUUGAGUUAGCAAGAACUUGGCUCUACCGUGUCCUAUCACAACUGCACUCAGAGGUGAGUACAGGAACGCCAGUGGAAGGAGUAAAAAACAUGGACCGUUAUCACAAAGACCUGCUGGACAGACACAUAUAUUUAUAUUGAAAUUAGCCUCAGUAACGACGUUAGUACGAAAAAUAUGUACACUACCGUUCAAAAGUUUGGGGUCACUUAGAAAUGUCCUUGUUUUUGAAAGAAAAGCGUUUUUUUUGUCCAUUAAAAUAGCAUCCCGGAGUCGCCUAUUCACUGUUGACGUUGAGACCGGUGUUUUGCGGGUACUAUUUAUUGAAGCUGCUAGUUGAGGACUUGUGAGACAUCUGUUUCUCAUACUAGACACCCUAAUGUACUUGUCCUCUUCUCGCAUGGAAUAGCCUUCAUUUCUCAGAACAAUAACAGAUUGACGAGUUUCAGAAGAAAGUUCUUUGUUUCUGGCCAUUUUGAGCCUGUAAUCGAACCCACAAAUGCUGAUGCCCCAGAUACUCAACUAGUCUAAAGAAGGCCAGUUUUAUAGCUUCUUUAAUCAGGACAACAGUUUUCAGCUGUGCUAACAUAAUUACAAAAGGGUUUUCUAAAGAUCAAUUAGCCUUUUAAAAUUAUCAACUUGGAUUAGCUAACACAACGUGCCAUUGGAAAACAGGAGUGAUGGUGGCUGAUAAUGGGCCUCUGUACGCCUAUGUAGAUAUUCCAUUAAAAAUCAUCCGUUUCCAGCUACAAUAGUCAUUUACAACAUUAACAAUGUCUACACAGUAUUUCUGAUCAAUUUGAAUGGUAUUUUAAUGGACAAAACAUUUGUUUUUCUUUCAAAAACAAGGACAUUUCUAAGUGACCCCAAACUUUUGAACGGUCAGGGUACCUUCCUUGUUUCCCCUGUCAGCAAAGCACAGUGAUGAACCCUUUUUAAACAGGAAUCAUGAGCCACGACAAUGAUUAUGAUAAACACAAGAGAGCUUCUGUCAGAGAACGUUACAAAUCUGUCAGAAAGCAUCACCAAUGCUUUUCUUCAACUGUAGUAACAUGCUCAUUGUGAACCUUUACUAACAAAACCUUUUUGGCUGGUUCAAGAACUGCCCAUGACUUAUUUAUCAAUUCAUCCAAAAGUUUAAGAAAAAACUACAACCAGGCAAUCAUUUUUAUCCCUACACUGUUUUGUGUACGUACAACAUUACUCAGUUGCAGUACUGUUUGUAACCAUGUUAGGAACUUUUUGGACCCAAAGUCAAGAGGAAAAUAAAACAAUUCAGAUAAAGAA